AUGGGAAGGAUAAGGAAGAAUGUUGGUUGCACUACAGCGUCUCGGCCUGAAGGAAGCAGUACUCAUGCUGCACAACACCAUGAUGUCAUUGAAAGUUCUCCCGUGGAUAUUUAUAUUCAAACGAAAAGAAAGAAAUCUGUAUCCUCAGCAGUUAUGGAAGGAAUAUCGGAAUCUGCACAUGGUAAAAGACAAAGUGGUCAUGCUAAUAUAUAUGGCUAUCUCAACAGCACUGAUCAGUUAGAACAAUCCACUCAUUUCGGAAGUACCUCUGCCUAUAUUGCACCUACUUAUCAAGCGAAACUUUCUACCCAACUUCGUGGAAGCUCCACUUCAGCCAUGACAACUUCAACGAGGAUUGCAUCCAAAGAUAUCACAGAUUAUGGAGGAGUAAGUAAACCACAACAUCCAGGUAUCUGUGACAGAACAAUUGAACAAAACACUCAGCAGCCAGCAGAUUUAUCGUAUUUGAGACACAAUGGUAGCACGGCUACUGUGAAUUGUUCCAGACUUUGCAACAUUACCAAUUUAGCAACUAACCUUUCUCCCAAGCUUGAUAAUGCUGUUGGUGCAGACGAAGAUGAAGCGAAUGGUGACUCAGAUUGUGAGGUUGACGUCGUAGAUAUAAAUGAUUACGAUAACGUCGAUCUAUCCACAGAAGGCUAUAUUGAUGAAGGUGAUGCAGAUUAUGUGUGCCAUUAUUGUGGUGCUUUGAUGUGGUUUAACGAAAGGCUUAAGAGAGCUCCUUCCAAUGAAUAUCCUUUGUUCUCUAUUUGUUGCUGCCAUGGCAAAAUAUUGGUUCCUCUUAUGCAGCCUCCACCAGAAACAUUUCGAAGCUUGCUACCUCCUGAAGGAUCUCAGCCGGUCUACUCUCAGCUCUAUAUAUAUGAUACUGAAAAUGAAAUAUCUAACAGAAUAUCCGUUGUCAGCAAGCAUUGUCAUAGGUCUGCAAUUGAUCAAGGAAUUACACAAGAAAUAAAGGAUUGUCUUGACAAACACAAUGGCCUUGUCAUUAGUUAUCGGAUGGCAUCUGAAAUUCUCAAGCGUGACCAGCAUUCUAAUGUCAAUAUUCGUCUCAUUAGGAAUUCAGAUCACAGUGAUAGGGUCUAUGAUAUGCCAACAGCAUCUGAGGUUGCUGCUUUACUGGUUGGAGACUUUGAUAGAUCAUAUUUCAAACGAGACAUAAUUGUUGAGAAAAGAGCUGGAGCGUUGCAAAGAAUUGAUGAAUUGCACAAAGCAUACAUUCCCCUGCAAUAUCCUAUUAUUUUUCACUAUGGAAAUAAUGGAUAUGAUUCAACCAUUAAACAUAGUGAAACCACUCUUACUCAGACUAAAAAGAGGAAGACUCUAACCCCACGGGAGUACCUAUCUUUUAGAUUGAUGGAUAGAAAUAAUGAGCAGUCUGUUUUGCUACACUCCAAAAGGCUACUUCAACAAUUCAUUGUUGACGGAUAUACAAUGGUAGAGAGUGAAAGACUCAAUUAUAUCCGUAAUCAUCAAAAAGAGCUACGGGUGGACAUGUACAGAGGUCUCACUAAUGCACUCACCAGGGGUGAGACAGAUCCAUCUCGCACAGGAAAAAGGAUUAUACUUCCAUCCUCAUUUACUGGGGGAGCCCGAUAUAUGGUACAAAACUAUCAAGAUGCAAUGGCACUAUGCAAAUUUACUGGUUAUCCUGACUUAUUUUUAACUUUCACAUGCAAUCCAGCAUGGCCAGAAGUAAAGAGAUUCUGCAACAGGCAUAAAUUAAAUCCAGCUGAUCGACCAGACAUAUUAUGCAGAAUAUUCAAGCUGAAGCUUGAAGCGUUAAUGAAAAUCAUUAAGGAACAAAAAAUUUUUGGAAAAGUAAGAGCAGAAAUUUAUACUAUUGAAUUUCAGAAGAGAGGUUUGCCACAUGCUCAUAUUAUUCUAUUUCUAGAUCCUUCUGACAAACCAAACACUCCUGAUGAUGUAGACAAAAUGAUAUCUGCAGAAAUACCAGAUAAAGAGAGAGAUCCAUUACUAUAUGAUCUUGUCAGCAAUUACAUGAUCCAUGGACCGUGUGGAGCUUCUAACAAGAGAUCUCCUUGCAUGAAAAAUGGGAAAUGCUCUAAGUACUUUCCCAAAAAAUUUGUUAACCAAACCUCGAUAGACGAGGAGGGUUACCCUACAUAUAGGAGAAGAAACGAUGGAAAGACUGUUAAUAGGAAGGGUAUUCCAUUGGAUAAUAGAUAUGUUGUUCCUUACAAUGCGACUUUGCUGAAGCUAUUUCAUGCCCACAUUAAUGUUGAGAAAACAAAUCAAUCAACUGCAAUAAAAUAUUUGUUCAAGUAUGUUAGUAAAGGAAACGAUCGAGUUGUUGCUGGCAUAUACAACAAUGAUCACUAUGACAAUGGAAACAAUGGUUUCGACGAGAUCUCUCAUUAUUUGAACUGCAGGUACAUUUCUUCCUGUGAAGGUGCAUGGCGUAUUUUUUCAUUUGAUAUCCAUCAUAGAUAUCCCUCUGUAGAGCGCUUGAGUUUUCACUUACAGGAUCAACAGGCUGUUUUCUAUUCAGACAAGGAAUCAGUUAGCUCAUUAGUUCACAGACCCAGAAUUAAGGAAUCAAUGUUUCUUGCAUGGAUGGAACGAAAUUUAGAUGAUCCAUUUGCCAGGACUUUGACAUAUGUUGAGUUUCCACAAUAUUAUACUUUUAACAAGCAAAAAAGAAUUUGGAAGUUUAGAGAAAAGGGAUUUGCGGUUGGGAGGUUAGCACAUGCAUCGCCCUCUCAAGGUGAAAUAUACUACCUUAGAGUACUAUUGACAAAAGUAAAGGGACCUCGCAGUUAUGAACAGAUAAGAACUGUAGAUAAUGUUGUCUACCCAACUUUUCGAUCUGCUUGCUAUGCUCUUGGAUUAAUUCAUGAUGAUCAAGAGUUCAUUGACGCGAUAAAGGAAGCAUCAUUUUGGGCUACAGGAUGUUAUCUCAGGAGAUUCUUUGUGUCCAUGCUACUAUGUCAUUGCAUAUCACAACCACACCUGAUAUGGGAACAAACAAAAAAUCUCUUAUCUGAGGACAUGUUCUACGUACCUCGAAAUAACCCUAGGUCUGCAGAUUUAAACAUAAGUGAUGAUGACAAGCAACAGGCAUGCUUGAUUGAGAUUGAGAAGUUGCUACAGAUAAAUGGCAAAUCUCUCCAUGAUUACCCAUUAAUGCCAACGGCAAUAUCUACCGAGUAUUUUGAUAUCAGGAAUCAUUUGGUCCUUCAAGAAUUAAACUUUGACAGAGAUAUGUGUCAGAGAGAAGCGGAUAGAUUGGUAGCAUUACUGACAGAUGAGCAGAAUACUAUAUUCCAGCAAGUAAUGAAUGCAAUGAACCAUCCAAAUGAUGAGUUCUUUUUUGUGUAUGGUUUUGGUGGUACAGGAAAAACUUUCUUAUGGAAAGCACUCACUGCAUCAGUUAGAGCUCAAGGUGGAAUAGUGAUCAAUGUGGCAUCCAGUGGAAUAGCUGCAACCUUAUUACCAUCAGGUAGAACUGCACAUUCAAGAUUAGCAAUUCCAAUUGAUAUUAAUGAAGACUCCACAUGUAACAUAUCACAAAAUUCACCAUUGUGCGACCUCAUCAAAUUCGCAAAGUUGAUUAUUUGGGACGAAGCUCCAAUGGUCAAACGUUUUUGUAUAGAAGCUGUUGAUCGGACCUUUAAAGAUAUUAUGAAGUGCAACCAUCCCUUUGGAGGCAAAUGUAUUGUCAUGGGAGGAGACUUCCGACAAAUAUUGCCUGUGAUCCCGAAAGGUAGUCGUGCGGAUGUCAUCAAUUCAUGCAUCAACUUUUCUCAUUUAUGGUGUCAUUGCAAGUUAUUCCAACUUACAAAAAACAUGCGGUUAUCUACAAGUUCAUCCACAUAUGAUUCAAGGUUACAACAAUUUUCAAAUUGGCUUUUAGACAUCGGUGAUGGCCAGAUUGGAUUGCCUCAUGAUGGCAUGGCAGAGAUAGAAAUCCCAAAUGAUCUUCUAAUUCUAGAUUCUCAUGAUCAUCUUCAAUCAAUCGUGCAUGCCACAUAUCCUGAUCUAUUAGAUCAUUUGACUGAUUCAACAUAUCUAACUAAUAGAGCUAUUCUGGCACCAACAAUUGAAGUUGUUGAGCAAAUUAACGAUUAUAUGUGUUCCUUACUACCUACUGAAGUUGUUGAAUAUUUUAGCUCUGAUUCUGUUAGUACUGUUGAUCAAGGCAACACCUCAUUCCAAGAGUUGUAUACAACAGAAUUCUUGAACACAAUAAAAUGCUCUGGCUUACCUCCACAUAGACUUGCCUUGAAAGUAGGAGUUCCUAUAAUGCUCAUGAGAAAUAUAGAUCAGGCUGCAGGACUCUGUAAUGGCACAAGACUGAGGAUCACAUUUCUUGGUAAACACUUUAUUAAAGCAAUCGCUCUCAAUGGCACAAGUCAAGGUCAAGAAGUUUUGAUCCAUCGAAUGGAUAUGAAUCCAUCAGAAUCUAAACUACCAUUCACAUUGAUAAGAAGGCAAUUUCCCAUCAUCCUAUCAUUUGCUAUGACAAUCAACAAGAGUCAAGGACAAUCAAUGACCAAUGUUGGCCUAUACCUUCCUAGACCUGUCUUCACACAUGGCCAGUUAUAUGUUGCUCUGUCAAGAGUUAGAUCUAUGGAUGGCAUCAAAAUUCUAAUACUUGAUUCAGAGAAAAAGCCAACCAACAAGACGAUGAAUGUGGUCUAUAGAGAAAUAUUUCAAAACAUUGUGUGA